CGCCCGCCUGGCUGCUGCAAAGGACCUCCGCCCGGCUCAAGGUGCAAAGGAGCUCGUCCCCUGUUCUUGUUCUCUCCUUUCCCCUGUUCUUGUUUCCUACCAAUCUUCCUGAUUAGAGCUUUCAAUUUCAGCAGUAUGGCAUCUCCAAAUCUGAGUGCUACUAGUGCUAGUGCUGCUGCUAGUUCUAGUGUUGGAUCUGGGGCCAGACAAAUAACUGAUAUUAGGGCUCCAUUGUGGGAUCAUGUCACCAUUCUAGAGAAGCCUAAACUUGGUGGAGGAAAAAUAUUAUGGAGAUGCAACUAUUGUCCAUUUUCAAAAAGCACCAGCUACACAAGAAUAUUGACUGUAAUAGACCUUUAAUGUUGAACUAAAAUAUCUAUUUUGUAAUUUAUUAUGCACUAUUAUUAUUUAUUAAAGAAAGUUAAAACGUAUCCGCGUAUCGGGUUGUUUGGGAAAUUGCCGUAUCCACGCCGUAUCCUUCCGAUACCGAUACACGUAUCCGUCCGUGCAGCUGUUCCAGAUUACUUUCAAGCACCCUGACAAACUUCUUGAAGUAAAAAUGUAUAAUAUUUUUGUUAGUAAUUUGGGUGGGUUGGGCACUUUGGGCUUGUACUUGUACUUGGCAGAGGAUCAAAAAUCAGCUAAUCCAUGACACCAAGGCCCAUACAGGAAGAGGCGAGCCCAUCUCAGUCCCAGAUAAUACCAAAGUGAAAGCCCACACAAAAAGUCUGGUGAGUUCUUCGCUUGCGCUGCCGGCCGGUCUCCUCGAGCCUCGUUGCCUCACGGUUCGCCGGCGACCUGCCGUGGUGGGCAGGAGAAGGAGGUCGUCGCGGCUUCCAAAGGGAAACCACGGGGUUGUGUCUGGAGGAGAUCUAUGUUCACAAACGCGCAGCGCCAGGUCGAGCGCACCGGCCGCUCCGGAACUCCGCGGGACAAGUACCUUCAGGAUCUUGUGACCCAGUUCCAGAACGCCACGGAUGAAGAGUCUAAGGAGAAGAUAGUGGCAAACUUGGCAAAUUUCGCGUACGACCCUUUUAAUUAUGCGUUCAUGCGUCAGCUGAAUGUUCUUGAGUUAUUCUUGGACUGCAUUACAGAGCCAAAUGAAAGGCUUAUCGAGUUCGGUAUUGGUGGAAUAUGUAACUCAUGUGUUGAUCCUGCAAAUGCUUUAGUCAUUGUUCAAUGCGGUGGAAUCCCAUUGGUUAUACAAUGCUUAUCAAGCCCGGUGCGGAACACUGUGACUUAUGCACUUGGAGCUUUGUAUUAUCUAUGCAACCCUGCGACAAAGAAAGAGAUCCUGAAACCUGAUGUAGUUAGGAUUAUAAGAGAGUAUGCAUCUGGAGCUGUUAACACCAGCUUCAGCAACAUGGCUAAUGCUUUCCUGGAGAAGCAUGUUGACUCAUGACCUUCGGGGUGCUAUGAAAAGGUGCCAGAAUGGCAUGUACACAGAAAUUAGCAUUAUGAAAGAGGGAGUAAAAUGGAAGGAGGCUUCAAGACCAGAAUUGGAAGUCUGCUGUGCAUCCAUAUCUGAUGCUUCGUCAAGCAGCUAGCUUAUUCCUCGGUGAGAGAACGACGCCCAUAAGGCCUGGCUGAACAACGAAUUCCUGCUCUUCAGCAAGAACAUUUCCCUGGUUUUCAAUACUUAUAGUUCAGUUAUCUGUCCAAGUAAUUUGGUGAUACCAACCAUCUUCUGUUCUCGAAUUGCCAGCUUGACACCUGCGCUAGCGAAUGAAUACUCACUGAAGUCAAUGUAGCUGUCGUGAGUUAUUCUUCCUUUUCGGUGUCUGGCAGAACCAGUAAUUUAAAGGCUCCGCAAUGUAGCGUCAAGGAGUUCAUUUUCCGUUUUCCAUGGCUGAGCAUAAAUAUUGGAUAGGAUCAGAUGGGACAUAGUGAUCUUGUACGCAGUUGUACACUUGUACUAGGGGAGUUUUCUUCAUAUGAUGAUAUGAACUAAGUAGUGAACAGAUUUUCUUAUCAACUUCUCAUAAAGUUAGGUCAUGCUAUACCCAUGUUUGGUGCG